AUGGCAGGCUAUAACGUCAAAGACACGAAAGUAUACACCCCGCAAGGUACUGCGCUGAAGCUGGACCAACUGACGUCGCUUCUGUGUGCAGUGUGCGGAUUCGUUCUCCGCGAGUCGAUGCAGGUGACGCGCUGCGGACAUCGCUUCUGUAAAGUCUGCAUUGACAAAAUGCUGAACACCAGCGGUGACGACAAUCUUAUGUGCCCUGUUGAUAAAGAACACUUCGAAAGAGCCGAAGUGAGGAAGGACAGAGGCUGUCAGAGGGAAAUAGGUGCACUAGAAAUCGAUUGUCCCACUCGGCCAGAUCCCUGCUCCUGGAGAGGACCGCUGGUGGAGAUUGAGGUUCAUCAGCUGAAAUGUCCCAAUGCUCUGGUCAGCUGUACACUCAACUGUGGUAUGGACCUUGGAAGAGAGGAGAUAGCUCUACAUCUUACCAAUGACUGUCCCAAGAGAGAAGUAGUUUGUCAGCAUUGCAAAAAGGGAUUUGCCUCACAUUCCAUAGAAAGUCAUUUCAUGGAAUGUGGGGAAUUUCCUGUGGCAUGUGAAUAUUGUCAGUUGAUCAUGCCAAACCGGAAGUCUAUACAGAAACACCUUCAGAAUGAGUGUCAAAGGUAUGAUGAGAUGAAGUGUCCUAUGAACUGCCCCAAGGACUUCAAGGGCGACCGAGAAAGCGUAAACAGCCACUUGAAAGACCACCUGUUGGACAUGUCACGACUUCUCAACACAGCUCUGUCUCGUAUUGAGGCUCUUGAAACCAAAAUCACUCAGGUGUUGGAAGAAUCUAACAGAGAACGUGUUGAAAUGCGCAUGGAAAUUACCGAACUCAAAAAAGCAAUGAGAAAUGGACAAACCACAAAUACCGAAAAGUCCCCAACAGCCAAGCUAGUAGCAAAGAACGAAAGUACAAAUGGAAGUGAUAUACUAGAUGUCAAGGUCACCAACGGAGUAUUGAUUUGGAAGAUUCCUGAUCUCCGGAGGAGAUACCGAGAUGCGAUUGAUCGACGUACCACCAGUCUUUAUUCUCCCCCAUUUUACACCAGUCCUCACGGGUACCGAAUGUGCAUCCGUACCUACCUCAACGGAGACGGAAUUGGCAAAGGCACGCAUAUUUCCAUGUUUUUCGUCAUCAUGCGCUCGGAGCACGACAACCUUCUCCCCUGGCCAUUCAAGCAGUCAGUUCGCUUCACACUCAUCAACCAGAAGAACCCAGGAGCCAGUGUCUCAGAGGCAUUUGUUCCCGGACAUCAAAGCUCUUCCUUUCAGAAGCCUGAAAAUGAUAUGAAUGUGGCCAGUGGAUUCCCCAAGUUUGCUCGCCAGUCGGUACUGCAGGACGAGCAGUUCACAUUAGGGAACAUGAUUUACAUCAAAUGCCAG